AUGGACAUAGUGGAGUGUGUCCUGAGAAGAUACAAAACAAAGCAGUACCUACCAGAAAACGGUGAGGACCUUGUUGAACUUUACGAAGGCCAAUUGAAACACCUUGGCUCGAUAGCUUUGACAGGUUUACUGGAAGACAACAUGGACUUUGACGAGAAGGAGCUCGGAAAACACAAAGCGAGUGAUUUACCUAAAUUUGGAUUUCUUUCGGUUCAGCCCGGAGGUAGUAAACGAAGACCGACUAGACGUUAUGGCUUUCUUCACAAGACUUUCCAAGAAUUCUUCGCAGUAUUUUAUCUCAGUUUUCAGCUUAUCAAGAAAGAAAUAAGUACGGACAGUAUAGCUGCUAACAGACGAUAUCGCUAUUAGCUGAGAGAAGUGCUUCUGUCUACAUUUGGCAUUCUAGCGGCAUGUUGCAAGGAAACUGCAGAGAACCUUGUCAAAAGUAUGGCAACAAAGUUGACCCAGGAGGAAGAAAAAGACGCACCUGGUAGUUUGGUGUUUAUAUUAGAGUGCAUUAAUGAGACCAAAAAUAACAACAACGAUUUUAGUAUAAAGUUGGCUCGCACCCUUGGUGCUUGUCUGCGAAUUGGAGCUGUUGACUAUUAUGAUGCGAAGGAAAUAGAUGAAGCACUAGUUGUCGUUUUGGCCAACGUCCUUAAAACCAAUUCAACUGUGACAAGGUUGGAUUUGACAGGUGUUGUCAAUGGUGGGACUGCUCUGGCUGAGCGUUUGAAGGAUAAUACAUCUGUGACACAUUUGAAUUUGGCUGCUAAUCGCAUUGGUGAUGCUGGUGCUGCUGCUCUGGCUGAGAUUUUGAAAGGAAAUACAUCUCUGACAAUGUUGGAUGUGAGUGGUAAUAACAUUGGUUUCUCUUGUGCUGUUGCUCUGGCUGAUUGCUUGAUAGAAAAUACAUCUCUGAAAGAGCUGCGUCUGCCUGAAAAUAAAAUUGAGGAUGCUAGUGCUGCUGCUCUGGCUGAGGUUUUGAAAGAAAACUCAUGUCUGACAAAGUUGUAUUUGCAUUGGAAACAUAUUGGUAAUGCUGGUGCUGCUACUCUUGCUCAGUGUUUGAAAAAAAUACAUCUCUGAAAACGUUGUAUUUGUGGAAAAAUAACAUUGGUUGCACUGGUGCUGCUGCUCUGGAUUAGUGUUUGAAAGAAAAUAAAUUUCUGACAGAGUUGUGUUUGAGGGAAAAUAACGUUGGUGAACCUGGUACUGCUGCUGUGGCUGAGUGUUUGAAAGAAAAUUCAUCCUUGGGAAAGUUGGAAUCGUCUCAAAAUAAAAUCGGUGAUCCUGGUGCCGUUGCUCUGGCUGAGUGUUUGAAAAGUGAUGCAUCUCUGAAUACGUUGUCUUUGUGGAAGAGUAACAUUUGUUGCUCUGGGGCUGCUGCUCUAGCUGAGUGUUUGAAAGAAAAUACAUCCUUAAGAAAGUUGGAUUUGUCUUAAAAUAGAAUUGGUGAUGCUGGUGCCGCUGCUCUGGCUGAGUGUUUGAAAGAGAAUACAUCUGUGACAAAGUUGGUUUUGUCUGACGUUAGCAUUGGUUACUCUGGCGCUGCUUCUCUAGCUGAGUGUAUGAAAUAUAAUAAAACUCUGACAAAGUUGUAUUUGUAUAGGAAUGAGAUUAGUGCUGAUGGUGAUGCUGCUCUGAAUGCUGCGCAAGAAAGUCAUCCAUCUCUGACAAUUUACUCUGAUAAAGAGUUUAGGAAGCGUUAACGUUAAGAAUAAGGAACCACUAUUGACUUUGAACCCGCGUAGGGUAAAUGUGCAG